AUGGCGGAUACGACUAAGCUCGAGGAAGGAGCCUACGCUAAGGCUGAGAGGGGCGAGGGUAGGAGUGGUCGCGGACGGGGUCGAGGACGAGGAGGCGGCGGUGGCGGGAUGAAGAGGGAGGUGCAAGUGUCCAAGGCGCUUUCGAGGCUCUUGAGGCAUCAGGCUGAGAAUGCGGGGGUGAAGCUUGAUGAGAGUGGGUAUGCCGAAUUAGACAAGGUGAUGGCCUGGCAACCUCUCCGGUCUCUCCAAGUAACAUUCGAAGACAUAUCCACCGUCGUCCAACAAAACGACAAACAGCGCUUCUCCAUGCUCCCCAACGAAACCACCAACCCCUCUCUCGACAGCACAUCGACCGACCCCUCCCACUGGCUCAUCCGCGCCAACCAAGGCCACAGCAUCGCCCUAUCCUCCUCCGCCCUCAUGCAACCCAUCACCCUCGAGUCCCAAAACGUCCCCGAAGUCGUCGUCCACGGCACCUACUUCGCCUUCUGGCCCCUCAUCGUCGAAUCCGGCGGCCUGAAGCCCAUGGGGCGGACGCACGUGCACUUCGCCACGGGGUUACCGGGCCCGGGGGCGGAGGUCGUUUCGGGCAUGAGGAGGGAUGCCGAGUUGUUGGUUUAUGUCGAUGUGGAGAGGAGUUUGAGGGAUGGCGUGUUGAAGUGGUGGGUUAGUGAGAAUGGGGUCGUGUUGACGGAGGGUGGUGACGAUGGGUUGGUGCCGUUGAGGUAUUUUAGGGAGGUUGUGGGGAGGAGGACGGAUGUCGGGGUUUUGGUGAAGGAUGGGGAGGUUUUGGGGGGGUUGCCUGAGGGGGUUAAGGGGGUUGUGCCGCCGGGGAAGGGGAGGGGGAGGAGGGGUGGCGGUGGUGGUGGACGGGGAGGGAGUCGGGCGUAG